AUGAUCGAAGACUUGCGCGAUAGGCUGGAGCGACUGGGACUCUCCCAGUACUUGGAUGCUUUCGUCGCCGAGGGUUUUGACUCUUGGGAGACUGUGGUGGAUAUCACCGAAUCUGACCUAACUGCUCUGAACGUCAAACUCGGCCACAGGCGGAAACUCCAACGUGCCAUCGUUGAAAGUACCGGUCGUUCUAUCGCGCCCUUGGUUCCCGACCCUCGCAAGGGGACCAUUGCCGAUGAGUCUUAUCGAAGCGACGAUUCUGCCGCAGAGAGCCGCUCGUCUGGCAAAAGAACGGGUGAUCCAUCUUCCCAUGCCGGUACCACUACCAAGAGAAAAUAUAGACGACACCCCAAGCCAGACGACAAUGCCCCUGAAAGACCUCCGUCGGCAUAUGUGAUAUUUUCAAACCAUGUGCGAGAGACUCUCAAAGGUCAGAACCAUUCGUUCACCGAGAUUGCCAAGAUCGUAGGAGAGAGAUGGCAGGUGUUGUCGCCCAGUGAUCGUGAAAGCUGCGAACGCCAGGCCAAUUUUGCAAAAGAAAAAUACGGUGUCGCACUGGCUGAGUACAAGAAGACGGCGGAAUAUGGCUCAUAUCAAGAAUAUUUAGCUGAAUUCAAAGCCAAA